AUGAGCGGCAUAAAAAGACCAUCUUCUGAGGUCACGUUAGACGAUACCACCCGCCCAGAAUCGGUGGUGAGUUCGGUGUCCCAAAAUAACGACCUCGAAUGGGUGUUAAUGAGCACGUUAUCCGAUGGGAUUAUCGAAGUCAGUGAGAAAGAAGUCCAGCGACCAGAAUUAGUCAAACUCAUGAAAGAUGUGGCCAAUGGGGUGGCUGAAAGUUUCCAAGACUCUCCUACCCCGGUCAACGUCAUUAAGACCUGGGAAGUGCGGGUGAAUGAUAAUAUCAACAAACGGGUAAAUCAAAUCUGCGAUCAAUUGAACAAUAAUCGAGAUGUCUUGCUUGUUUCUCUGGGGAAAGAUAGUCAAAAACUCAUUUCCGUGGUGGAAAUUGUCAAGCAGUUGAUAGUCUCGGGAGAUGAUGUGGUAGUCUUAUCAAAGAAAAAGAAUAAUGAUAAUAAUAAUAAUAAUACUAAUAAUAAUACUAAUAAUAAUAAUCAGACUUCAGAGGAGGAGAAGGACAAGAAAACUUUCAAGUAUCGAUGUUAUAAACAAUACAACAAAUUGGAGUUUUUGAAUGUCGAGGCACAGGUAAAUAUUGAUGGUAAAACCAAGAAACAUAAACGAGCAAAACUUGCACAACUCGUCGACCCCACCGCAAAGAAAAUGAUGAACGUUCCGGUACUUUGUAUAUUCCUACAAAAUGUCGAAACCAUUGAUAAAUCCACCAACGAUUAUAAAAAUUUGAAACUCAUAAACAAUAAUUGGACAUUCCAGUCGAAUUGA